UGAAAGGUCCGGGUUGUAGUGUGGUAGGAGCGCGUUGUUUUUGUGUGUGUGUGUGUUGUAUUUGUGAAGCGGCGUGUCUGUGUCAGCGCGUUUGUUUUUCUUCUCAUCCUCUCAUUCACAGUCUGUGUGUUUCAGGGCUGACAGCUUCGCGGGUUUCCAGACAGAUUCUCAUUGUUCUGAAAGCGUCUCGCGGGUAAAUACGGGUUUCGUUCUGUUACCCGGAGCGCGCGCCGGCUGCUCCUGGCUGCUGUCUUUCUGACGUCACACGCAGCUUGUGGAGAAGCGCGUCUCCAAACCUCGCAGCGCAGCUCAGUGACGCGCUUGAAAACGCGACACAGCAUUCCCUAAUAAAACUUGCCAUGCAUUAUGACUUCAAAGCCAUCACUGUAAGGGGAUGACCUUAUUAUUUAUUGAUUUUAUUUUGUUUUAUUUUACUUCAUUAUUUAUUUGAUCACCAAUUGCCACGACAACACACUGUUUAUGUAUGUAGUACUUAUUUUAAGGUAAUAAAUAAACACAAUUCUGUAGGGAUUUAUUUAUUUUUAAUUCUUAUUACUCUCUUACAUCUCAUUACAUUAUGUAUGUGUGUGGAGAUUAGAUAAAGGACUAUUUGGAAGAGAAAAUAGGGGGCACUUUUUUACACAGAGAAUUGUGAGAGUUUGGAGCCAACUCCCCAGUAACAUUGUUGAAGCGACACCCUGGGAUCCUUCAAGAAACAGAUUCUAAUAAUAAUAAUACUAACAAUCUUUAGUUUUAUAUAGCGCCUUUCAUAGUGGACCACCAUCACAAAGUGGUGUGUGAGCUAUGCAUCAGCUGCAGAGUCACUUACAACAACGUCUCACCUGAAAGACGGAGCACAAGGAGGUGAAGUGACUUGCUCAGGGUCACACAAUGAGUCAGUGGCUGAGCUGGGAUUUGGACCGGGGACCUCCUGGUUACAAGCCUGUUUAUUUAACCACUGGACCACUCAGCCUCCUAAAAGGAACAAUAAGCUCCUAACAACCAGGUUUGAGGACAAAAUGACUCCUUGCUGAUCAGUCUUUAAGAGAAUGUAUUAUAAAACACCAAACAUACUUAUUUAAUGAAAAGAGAACUAUAGUAACUUUCAUCCAUCAUUCUUGAGAUUAGACAGAUACAAUCCUCUGGGAUUAUAAACGUAUUACAAGAAAUUCUGUGUCCCUUCUAUAGUAAAGCCAGCCCUGCUAUUAAAUCCAGGUUUUGUCGGUACCUUGAAUGGCCUUAGUAGCACUAUAUUUAAAUAAAUGCAUUUCUUUUUCAGCUGCUACUAAGCAGAAUCCCGUGUGCUGCCAUGGACAGUGUGGAGAUGGAAUCUGUCCAGAUUAAAGAGGAGUUCUCUGAACCUGAACUUGUCCCCUUUAGAGCGGAGGUCUCUGGGCUGGCUUCCCUCCUCAUUAAACAGGAGCUCUGUGAGAUGCAGUGUGACAGCAGUCAGCCACAGGUCUCUGAGGUUAAAGCUGAGCACAGUGAAUUGGAGAUCUCUCAGACAGAAGAACCCCUUCCUGUGAAACAAGAAGAGGUCCUGGAAAUUAACCGUAUUAAACAGGAGCCCCCUGAAGUAGAGUUUGACCAUGUGGAACCAGGGAAGGAAGAAUCCGAGGACUUCAAACCAAACAUCCCUGAGCUGGAGAGAGUCUGUGUGAGAGAGCAAGGCGCUGGAGAGGAAGGUUGUCUCAACAGCAUGCAAGGAGGUGGAAAGGAAGACGGGCAGUCACAUUCAGAAUGCAGUCUAGCAGGUUCCAGUCCAGCAGCUAAAGCGAGGGCAGACGGUGGAGAAUAUCCUGACUGUGGGAAAGGUUUCACGCAGUUAGGGCAUUUAAACAAAACCCAGCGAAUUCACACAGGAGAGAAACCGUAUCACUGCUUUGACUGUGGGAAGAGUUUCAGUCAGUUAAGCAGCCUUGUUUUACAUGAGCGAAUUCAUACAGGAGAGAAACCGUAUCACUGCUCUGACUGUGGGAAGAGUUUCAGUCAGUCAAACAGCCUUGUUUUACACCAGCGAACUCACACAGGAGAGAAACCGUAUCACUGCUCUGACUGUGGGAAGAGUUUCAGUCGGUCAGACAGUCUUGUUUCACACCAACGAACUCACACAGGAGAGAAACCGUAUCACUGUUCUGACUGUGGGAAGAAUUUCAGUCGGUCAGGCAGCCUUGUUUCACACCAGCGAACUCACACAGGAGAGAAACCGUAUCACUGCUCUGACUGUGGGAAGAGUUUCAGACAGUUAGGAAGCCUAAAAGAACACCAGCGAGUUCACACAGGAGAGAAACCAUUUCACUGCUCUGACUGUGGGAGGAGUUUCAGUCAGUUAGGAAGCCUAAAAGGACACCAGCGAACUCACACAGGAGAAAAACCGUAUCACUGCUCUGACUGUGGGAGGAGUUUCAGUCAGUUAGGAAGCCUAAAAGGACACCAGCGAACUCACACAGGAGAGAAACCGUAUCACUGCUCUGACUGUGGGAAGAGUUUCAGUUGGUCAGACAGCCUUGUUUCACACCUACAAACUCAUACAGGAAAGAAACUGUGUCUGCUCUGACUGUAGGAAGAGUUUCCGUCUUAAACAAGCCCUUCAAAAACACCAGCGAAUUCAGAGGAGAGAAACCUUAAAGACUGUUUUGUGUAUCACUCUUAACCCUUUGCGGUCAGUUUAUUCAGCACCUGUGAGGCACGUCAAGUCCUACAAGGGAAGGCUUUGCGCUCUCACAGCCUCUCAGUCUCGUGUUCUUAUUGUUUCCGAUCGUAUACUCCUGGCAUUGUGUUAUUUCAGUGAUGCUGUAUUUCUUUUAUUUCACUCUAUUAUGUCAUUCAAAUCAUGACUGGAAAGCGACCAAGUGAUAGCAAGAGUGCAGGACCAGUUCAUAAGCGAAAGAAGAUUGAUUUAGAGCAGAAAAUGAAAAUACUGAAAAAGUAUUAAGGCGGACAAAGCCUGUCUUCAGUUGCUUGUGAACUCGAUUUGGCUACCUUUUUUCAUGUUCUAUAAACAUACGUACUCUACACACAUACAUUUACAUAGCCACACAUACUGAAAAACACAUAUACUGUACAGUAUUACAGUAAUACACAUACUGUAUGUGUGUAUAUAUAUAUAUAUAGCGUCUGUAUUCUGUAAUUUUGAAUACUGACUGGAUACUGUUUUAAUUCUGGAAACCUGAGUUUUUAUAAUCGUUUGGUUUUGCUAAAUUGCAUUGCCUCUUACUGUUUACACAUUUCUGACAUUUAGAUUUAAAAAUACAAACAAUUAUACUUUAAUUAAUAAUUGAAACAAGAUAAGACUUAAACUGAACAGGUGAUAUUUUGUGCAUUUUAAAACAACAAUUACAAAUGUCUGAACCGUUUAAACAUUGAUUUGAAUGUAUCUACAAGUUUUGGAGUAACUCUAGAUUACAGCUUAAUAGGGCUGUCAGUUAAUGCUGUAUUACUGCAAAUGUUUUACUCCUGCUUGUCUCUAGACUUCUAAUUCUGGUACCGUGAUUUCUAACUUUUGUAUUCAUCUUACUUUUGUGAGCCUUAAUAAACCUAAUCAUUUAUA